UUGACGAGCAAAUGUGGAAGGAGAUGGAAGGAUAAUAGGAUGUAGAAACUGACACCCAGAAGAAGGCGGGUGGUAACUGAGAGGGGAUGGAGAGAUGCUAUAGGAGGAGACGUAUAGCAGGAUAAUCUGAAGCAGUGGAGGGGGCAGAGAGAGGGAAACUUAAGCUUUCUGGCCCUGAUUUUCCAUCCCUAAAGGCAUUCUGUGGCUUCUAAAAAAAGCCCUGUAUAUUUGAAGUAUUGCGUCACGUGACCAGGGCUGUAUUUAUGAAUCAAAGAGUUCAGUGCUUUCUGAGAGAAAGACAGAAAAAAAAACAAAGAGAGAGAGCAACAACAGGGGGACGCUUCUCUGUUCGCAAAACUACAACGGCUGUAAAGAAGACAUGCAUGUCAGAGAAAGUUUGAUUGAAAGAGGGAGGGCAAGAAUGCCAGAGAGCGAAUGAGGAGGUAGAGUGAGUGGUGGUGAAGGGGGGAGCGAAAGAGAAAAGGCGGAAUGCAACAGGCUUCUUUAUUCGCACAGAGAGACACAUCUGACUUAUACAAGUCAACAAGCUGCUCUCGUAUGCUCAGUUCAGGCUUUCCCUCCAGACCUUCACUCACCAUAACAGGCAUCUGUUGGAUUACUGUGCAUCAGUUCUGGAUCACUUGCUGAGAUCACCUUCCAUUCAGAUCAGUGCUGCGCAAAUGUUUAGAAUGGAUUUUCGAUUAUUGCACACAGCUUGUUAAGAGAAAUCCUUUUAUAAAAAGCAUUGAAGUUAAAAGAAGUGGUAAUUUACCAUCUCAACAAUAGGACGAUAGGACAGUUUUUGGACACUGGAGGACCGCCAUCAUCACAAUGGCAACCAAUAGGGAGAGGCCUAUGAGUCAUAUGACAGGGUUCUACCCUUUUGCCUUCAGUUCAAUGCGAAACCACUCCCCCUUUGAUCUUCUAGCCAAUGGCAGCCUGUUUGGACGAUUUGGAGCAGACCUACCCAAAGAGAUGGCAGCUCUGUCGGUGGAGACCCAGAGCACAAGCUCAGAGGAGAUGGUUCCCAGUUCUCCUUCUCCACCCCCUCCUCCUCGUGUCUAUAAACCCUGCUUUGUGUGCCAGGACAAAUCUUCUGGCUACCAUUAUGGAGUCAGCUCUUGUGAGGGCUGCAAGGGUUUUUUCCGUCGCAGUGUCCAGAAGAACAUGGUGUACACCUGCCACAGAGACAAAAACUGCCAGAUCAAUAAAGUGACACGGAACCGCUGUCAGUACUGCCGGCUGCAGAAGUGCUUUGAGGUUGGCAUGUCUAAGGAAGCGGUUCGGAAUGACAGGAAUAAGAAAAAGAAGGACAUCAAAGAGGAGGUGGUUCUUCCAGAAAGCUACGAGCUGAGUGGAGAACUGGAAGAACUGGUUAAUAAAGUCAGCAAAGCACACAAGGAAACCUUCCCUUCGCUCUGUCAGCUCGGAAAGUACACGACUAAUUCCAGUGCGGAUCAUAGGGUUCAGCUGGAUCUUGGACUGUGGGAUAAGUUCAGUGAGCUCUCCACAAAGUGCAUUAUAAAGAUUGUGGAGUUUGCCAAACGUCUGCCAGGUUUUACUUCGCUCACCAUCGCAGACCAGAUCACCUUACUGAAAUCUGCCUGCCUUGACAUACUGAUGUUACGGAUUUGUACUCGCUACACACCAGAACAGGACACUAUGACCUUUUCGGAUGGACUGACCCUCAACAGAACACAGAUGCACAACGCUGGCUUCGGUCCGCUCACAGACCUGGUGUUUGCUUUCGCUGGGCAGCUCCUGCCUCUGGAGAUGGACGACACAGAGACAGGGCUCCUUAGUGCCAUCUGCCUCAUCUGUGGAGACCGCAUGGACCUGGAGGAACCUCAUCGGGUGGACCAGCUACAGGAGCCCCUGCUGGAGGCGUUAAAGAUCUACGCUCGCCGGAGACGCCCUAACAAGCCUCACAUGUUCCCACGAAUGUUGAUGAAGGUCACUGACCUCCGAGGCAUCAGCACUAAAGGAGCAGAGCGAGCCAUCACUCUAAAGAUGGAGAUCCCAGGUCCCAUGCCUCCUCUGAUCAGAGAGAUGCUGGAGAACCCUGAGGUCUUUGAGGAGAGCUCUGAUUCUAAAGACACUGGUGCUUCUGCCCCACCGCCUCCUGCCAUCCAAGCCAUCAAACGUGAGAGGGAUGAGGAAUCUGCUCUGGAGGAUGAAGAGGACGAGGAUGAUGAGUGUGCAGAGGAGGGACGGGACCGAGCAGGGGACAGCGAGGAUGAGGAAUGGGGACUCCUGCAAGUGGACAUGGGUGGAGCUAGAAAGAGUGCGACUGGAAGAGCUCAGUGACCGCCAUGUGUGCGG